AUGGCACUUAGUUCGGAACGACAGGAGGAGAUUUAUAAGUCGUUGAUUCCGGAGGAGAGGGUCACUGUUGACCGUGCUAUGGAGUAUGCGAAGACGGGCGAUUAUGGUAGCGCUACUGUUUCCUAUGUUAGCGAUGUGUCCAAGAGUGGCGCUUCAGUUAGCCCCUUGACGGCGUCCAUUUUGAAGGAUUACUCCAAAAGUCCCGAGAAGUUUCGAGAAGGGUUGCUUGGGUUUUACUACUCCAAAUAG